GCAAGAGCAAGAGGGCUCCGCUGAUAUGGGUGCGUCCGCACUUUUGAUGCCUUUAUUCAGAUGUUGGAUGACUAUCAGGUGCAAGCAUGGGAUGAAGGGUCAGCGGUGGCUCCACUGCAGACUCAUCUUGUGUAUGCCCAUGAUGGCGUUUGCAAUAAGCCAGAUAUGCCGCGGCCUGAGAUGGGUCCUGAUGCCCCACGUGAGGUGGUUUGGCUGGUGAAUAAUCAGACGGAUUUCAGCGGUGAGGGGUGGGUGUCUUUGGUUGGCCGGGAAAAGAUGCGCAUUGCAGUGUUGAGCGAUGUGAAUCACUUCUCAAUCAUUGCUCCUGGUCCACAUAUAGUUGAAUAUUGCUGGGUUUAUUCAACGGGCUAUGUUCUAGGGUGCUUGAAAAUUCUUAGCAGCUAGCUGUCUAUAUACAUUGUGACGGUCUCGAGCAAUAUGAAUCUAUUGGUAGACUAUCUGACGACAUUCUAACAUGAGAAGGGAAAGGAAAGAGGCAGGCCUGCCGGCGACGAGCUAUUUAGUGUGUGCGAGGGGUUUAAGCUAUGCUCAGUGAGUGUUCUACGC